CAACUGAACUAAGUGGAAGUGGUUCGACUUGAGCAGUAAGAGGGUUAGUCAGCCGUUUUAUCAUAGAUUCAAAUUAGUUUAGGAGGUUUCUAUCCUCAGAAACCCAGCAGAUUGCAUCGAGUCGCUGACUUUACAGGAAUCCCUCAUACUGAGCAUGCAUGUAGCGAAGGUGGAGAGGAAAACAGGAUAAAACCUCCAGCAGAACCAGAACCUGGCUCAGCUUAAGCGGCCAUCUUUAACAACCAACUGGGGGUUUGAGAGAACAAAGCAGAAGAAGAAGAAACAGAUGUAGGAUUAAAUUUGAUAUUCAUGAGAAAUAAAAAGUUAACAGCAGGAGAGGGAGAACGUUGAUGGCAGCAUCAUGUGAGCCGAUGGUUCCUCCAGGAAGGAACCACAAAACACCGGAACAGAGAAAAUAUCAAGUUAACAGUUAAACAAAUUGGAGAGUAGUAGAAGAAAAAAAAUGUCAUUUUGUCCCUCAGUUAUGUCAGAGUAACUUUAAACCUAAAUUAUAUCCACCAAUCAGCCGAUAUAAAUAUUUCAACCUGAUGUGACUGAACAUCUGUUUCUGAUUUUAGACCCGACCUGGACCCAGAAUCUGCAGUUGGUACCGAUUUCUGUUAGAAUACAGCUUUAAUAAAUAUGUAAAACAAUAUUCUUUAUCAAAGUGAAGUACUGGAGCUUCUUCAGCAGUUCUGUCAGGAGUUUUCUGAUGAACAUAAACGUAUCUUUAAAUGUUACGUAAUAUUUAACUUACUAAAUUAAACGACAUUUAAAUAUCUUUUACACAAAGCUGCAGUAAAGUUUUCAUUGUGAAUGUUUCCCUCCUGCAGCGGACUGUCGCUGUCCAAGGUGCUGCAGCUGAGACUCCUUCAGUAGUCAUCAUCUGGAGGCUCCCAUCUUCCUCCCAGUGGAACCAGCUGGUGUUUCCCUGCAUCAUGCUCGUCAUUAUAGUUCAAACUCCCAGUCUGGAGUUCUGGUGCGGCUCGGUUCCGACCCUGCUGCCGCUCGGUUCCGACCCUGCUGCCGCUCGGUUCCGACCCUGCUGCCGCUUUAAAGCGAGCAUGCUCCGACGUCAGCUCCGAAUCCAGACAUGUGGCUUCAGCGUCCAAUGGGCUGAUCGGGGCUUUACUCAGCCUCUCCCACACAGGAGAUCCCUGAGGAGAAGACCAGCGUAGACCGGGGUUCGCCACGACUCACGCAGCCUUCACGCAACCCGCCAGAUCCGGUUCGGAACCAGCAGAUUCCCGUCCUCAGAGCAAAUUCCCGACCAGAACCAUCGCGUUGCAGUCAUGUCUGUGGCGGGACUGAAGAAGCAAUUCCACAAAGCCACUCAGAGAGUGAGCGAGAGAGUCGGAGGAGCAGAAGGAACGAAGCUCGAUGUGGACUUCACUGAAAUGGAAAAGAGGGUGGACAUCACCUCCAGAGCCGUUCUGGACAUCAUGACAAAAACCACCGAGUACCUGCAGCCGAACCCAGCGACCAGAGCCAAGAUGAGCAUGAUGAGCUCCAUGUCCCGCAUGCGGGGGCAGGAGAAGGGGCCGGGCUACACGCAGACCGAGACCAUCCUGGGAGAGUCCAUGCAGCGGUUCGGCCGGGAGCUCGGAGAGGACUCCACCUUUGGUCUGGUUCUGAUCGACGUCGGAGAGGCCAUGCGUGAGCUGGGUGAGGUCAAAGACGCUCUGGACAUGGAGGUGAAGCAGAACUUCAUCGACCCGAUGCAGAACCUUCACGAAAAAGACCUCAAAGAGAUCCAGCAUCACCUGAAGAAGCUGGAAGGUCGCCGUCUGGACUUUGACUAUAAGAAGAAGCGGCAGGCCAAAGUGACGGAGGAUGAGCUCAAAGCGGCGCUGGAGAAGUUCGAUGACUCCAAGGAAGUCGCAGAGCAGAGCAUGUUCAACCUGCUGGAGAGUGACAUCGAACAGGUGAGCCAGCUGGCGGCGCUGGUCCAUGCUCAGGUGCAGUACCACACCCGGUCCGCUGAGAUCCUCACACAGCUCUCCAGCAAGAUCGACGAACAGAUAAGAGAGACCUCCAACAAACCGAGGAAAGAGUUCAUACCGAAGCCUCGUACGUCUCUGGACUUCAGCAUCAGUGAGAACCACAACGGAGGGAUCCACGGCGCUCGCUCUCCCGGUGCCAGGUCUCCAGCCAGGUCUCCAGCAAGAUCUCCAGCCAGGUCUCCAGCCCCGUUGGACCAGCCCUGCUGCCGCGCUUUGUACGACUUCGACCCUGAGAACGAAGGUGAGCUAGGCUUCAAGGAGGGCGACAUCAUCACCCUGACCAAUAAGAUCGACGACAAUUGGUACGAGGGAAUGCUGCAAGGCAACUCGGGCUUUUUCCCCAUCAACUACGUGGAUAUCUUGGUGCCGCUACCCCAGUAAGACGUCAAGACUAACCAACUGUGUCUGCGAUGAAUCCCGGCCUCCAGUUCCAGUGUUUCCACUAACCUUUUCCCAAACAUUCCUACUAACACAACCUUCACUUUUUCCGUUAAGGCGUCAAAAAGCAAUGACACAAAAUAAAUAGGUGUGAAGACGUUUGACCAAAGUGCAGGGAUGCACUAAGUGUGGAAACUUUUACUGAAAACGGUGUAGGGAAAAAACCCCCAGCAUUGACGUAACGUCUUCUCUGUCUCACUUAAGGUAUUUUCAAGCUUCUAUAGUAAUUUUUGCAUUUCGUCUCUGUUGUAGUCAGCUGUCAGUCCAUUAUUAGUUUAUUAGAACAGCUUUACUGAUUCACGCUUUUUCUCAGUCUUUGUAUUUUAGAAGGUAGAAGCUUUUCUCUCAUGUUCCUCAGACAAGACAAACAAGUCAACAUGCUUUCUGUUCGUUCAGCAUCAAAUCAUUUCAACAAAAAUCAUGUGGUAGGUUUUGUGUUAAAUUUUCCUAUUCCUAUUUUCCUAUAAUAUUGGAGGAAAAUGACAUUUUCAGUCAUUUUUCUAAAAUAUUCAUGCAAAGAAUAAUUUGAUUCAGAUCAGUUUUAGCCAAAUCUACAGACAUGUUUGUCAGAAUGCCCUUUAUUUUCACGCAGCAAAGCGUUGUGGAAGGACAAACGUCUGCAUGUUGAAUGGUGAAGGUUUUUACCUAGUAAAGGAAGUCAUAACAUAUAAACAUCUUUUAUGAUUUCUCAUUUUAUCAGUAAUCAUCAAAAUAUAAGGUUGAAGCAUUAAGUCCUUAAAUAUAUGUCCCAGUAGAAAACAUAGCUCAUGUGUUGUGACUGGAUACCUUAAAAGUCUUAAAGUGAAAGUUGGAUUUUUAUUGUGGGGUUCUGUAGAGUUGUUAUUGGCAGUUAGUAUCUUACUUGACAGUUUGGAGAGCCAGGUUAAUUCCUGCUGGAGAUUAUAGUUUACAGGGUUUCUAGGAUUUUAUUGUAAAUUUAUGUUGUUUUGAUUCUACUUCUUAACUCCUUCACAGCAGAAUAGGAAGGCAGGUUUUAAAAACAAUUCUACGAAGAAAGCUCAUUUUUUGCUUAGCGGUUUAGCACUUUUGCUAACGUUGAAAGCGUUUAGCUGAGUUAGCUGUCCCUAAAUUAACUUUUCCAGAUCAAUUCAAAAGUGAUAAUUUAUUUUGCUGUUUUAUAAACCUUCAGUUGAAUAAAGUUUGACAUCUGUGUUGAAGUUUUGGUUUUCAAAUUUAAGAAUUAGUCUGGUGGUUAGAUGUUUAUAUUCCUGCUCUUAUUCUGAAAUAGGGGAAGACUUUUCUGUUUCCUCUUCUCUGUUAUGCGGUGCAGAAAAUGUUGUUUAUUCUGUACCCAGAAUGCAUCACUGUACAAUUCAGUUUGAAAUCUAAUUUUGUCCUGUGUAAAUUAGGCGAAAUCAGCAAGACUUAUCAAAACUAAACAACAGUAAAACUGAAACGUGAGUGACGGGUCUCAGAGAAACACUUCCUGAAGCGCAGCUGCACAGGUGUGUGUGUACUGACAACCUUAACCUGCUGAAGGUGAUAUGAUAGGCUGUGAAACAUGUUGAUCAUUAUCUGUCUCAAUAUGGUUGAAUUUAGCACAUUAGCAUUAGCUUCUGCUAAAUACCAUGUUGGUUUAUGAUUAGAGAAACGAAUAACUAUGAUCAGAACUUUUAGGACCUAGAAUGGUCGGACUGAAGUUGAACUGUGGAUGUGAGGUUAAAUGGUUUCGUGAAGUUUGUUUUCACAAACACCUUUAACAGUCCAGGAGAACACACCGAGUCAAGCUCCACCACUAACAUAUAAAAAUCAAACUACACUGAAAAAAAAGAGAACGGAAUACCAACUUAAAUAAAAUUAAGCUAAUUUUACUUCAUCUACCUUCGUUUUACAUGAUAAUUUAGUAAACUUAAUAUAUUUACUUGGAUAAACUUAAUUUGAUUACUUUAAACAAAUUUACUACAUUUUUUUUAAGUUGGAUUGCCUGUUUUGUUUUUGCAGUUUAGUGUUUGCUGCAAGCGAUUCAUUAAUUCCUUCUUCUUUCAAACCAAAUUACUUUUAUAAGAACAGUUUGGGAGGAAAUGAUAAAAUGAAACUUCAGAUUAUACAUAAUAGGUGGUUUAAACAACCGUUUAAUGUGGAAGAUUCAUGAAACAAAGUUUGCAUCAAUUAAAUUUCUGAAUCUGGUGAUGUUUUAAGAUGGCAGAAAUCCCCUCUGCUUAUCUCUCUAAUCUGAAUUUAAAAUACUUUCUGCUCAAUACUACUAGCAAAACCUCACUUUAAAAACUCUAAACUAUCAUUAUUUAACUGCUCUUUGGAGCAAUAGUUUCUUCUGCAGAGGCCGGCGUCGUUCUGCCUAUUAGUCCAAUAAUUACCCUCUAGUUUACUUGUAGAAAACACUAAGAGGAGAAUAAUUGUGAAUAUUUCCAGGAGCUAAUGAAGAUAAUGUGCAUAUAGAGGAGUAGACUGAGAAUUAAUUAAUAUUUACUGAGGUAAUAAUAAUAAAAGUUUUAUUUUCCCAUAUCUCAACAGAGCUCAACAUUAGUUAAAUUUUUCUACUGCGCACCAGAUAAUUUUCUAAAAAUCAAAACGUCACGGUUCUUUGUUUUCAUCAGCUUGACACGGCGGUGCACACAUCAUCCCUAAGGCUUUCUACUCUUCUACGUUGACGAUGCAUUAAGCUUUCUGAGAUGUUUUCAGCGUAUAAAUGUUGAUGCAUGUAAUUUUAGGGGGAAGUGUGCGUAUUGGGGUUUGCAUAUGUUCUGCAUAUAAAGAGAUCCUCUGCUGCUAGUGAGCGCCGUUUCUGACAGAGUUUAGCUUAAAAACAAUAAUGGAGGUAUCAGUUUACUACAUUCAGCAGCGCUACAAUAAAUGAUGCAAAAUCAACUAUAUAUAAAAAGUGUUACUUUUAUGUCAAAGGGAAGCACAAUUUUUCGUUGGCUGGUGACAAAUAGUGCUGCAGUUUGAAGAGGAUGUGUAUUUAUUCAUUUUUUAAGCUAAAUUCUUCCUUCCUUCUUUCACUUUUUUUUUUAAAGAUUUCUGUGUAUCUUUGCCCUCAAUGAGGACUGUACAGCUUUUUCUGUGUUUUGUUUUUACCUUGUGUGUAUAGUCAUGCAUCUUCAGUAACGUAUUUUAUUUUUGUAACUGUGUCAAAAGUAUUCACAAACAGUAUAGAUGUGUAUAUAUAUAUAUACAGUGUAUAAUGCAGAAGUGAUGUUACAAGUUGGGAGUGAGGCAGGUGGGGUUUUCUGUGCUGCACAUGAUUGUCUUUGAAAUAUUUUCGUGUUUUGUUUGUGUUUUUGUUCUGUUCUUGCACUGGAUUCUAUGACUGUACGCUUGAUGUAAAGAUAAGAAAUGUGAUGAGUCAAUGUAAUUUAUUCAAAUAAAUACCAAGAAAUGGUUAUUCCCUAAA